GCGCGGGGGCGGGGGGGCGGGUCAGGCCAGGCCGGGCCGGCCGGGCCUCUGCGUAAGCCACGCGCCCCCGGGGUAAGAGUGAGGCUGAAGAGCUCGCAACAUGGAUUCGGGGGAAAGCGGCGGCGGCGGAGGAAGCGGCGGCGGGAAGAUCCGAACGCGACGGUACCAUCUGGCAGGGGCCUCCUCGAAGCCUUACCCCAGGAACAAGCAGGGAAUUAUUAAUAUUGUGAAAGAAUCUGUGAAGAGUAUUGUUCCAACUUGGCUUCAGAGUUACUUCAAGCAAAAUGAAGAGGCAUCCUCAAAUGAACAAAGGAGACAGGAGGAGAAUGUAAACUAUCAUCCUGCCUUUGCAGAUGACAUUGCUGACAAUCCUCUGGAGAUUGAUGGACGAAUAACUCCUGAGCCCACAAGAAUUACUUUAGAAGAGCCCUCAACAAGUAGAUCUGGUUUAAACUUCACAGAUAUUUUAACAAGGCCCUCCCUCCACCGGAGUCAUCUUAGCUGCAACAUCUUGGAUUCCCCACCACCACUUUGUCAACCUUCCACAUCAUCUGCAUUUCCAAUUAGUAAUUCUGGACUCUCUCUUGGAAAGGAAAUGAAAGAUUCUACCUCUCAGCAUGAUGAUGACAACAUCUCAACUACUAGUGGCUUCUCUUCAAGGGCAUCUGAUAAGGAUAUAACAGUUUCAAAAGGUGUUUCAGUGCCACCUCUCUGGUCUACGGAGGCUGAAAGACCUGUCUCCCUUUCUCAGCAUACAACCACCAGUUCUAAAAAGCCUGGGUUCAAUCUGUCUGCCUUUGGAGCACUCUCCCCUUCACUUGGUAAUGCAUCGGUUCUUAAGACAAGCCAGCUUGGGAAUUCUCCAUUUUAUCCUGGAAAAACCGUGUAUGGCGGUGCAGCUGCAGCAGCAAGGCAGUCUAAAGUACGGAUCACUCCUUAUCAGACACCAAUAAGAAGGCAAGUGAAAGCCAAGCAAGUGAACACACAGUCUUAUGGAGUGACCAGUUCCACUGCCCGGCGUAUUCUGCAGUCUUUGGAGAAGAUGUCAAGCCCGUUAGCAGAUGCUAAAAGAAUUCCUUCUGUUUCUUCUCCAUUGUCAUCUCCUGUGGAAAGAAGUAUGCUGAAUAUCACUGACUUCCACUCCCCAAGAAGAAAGGCUGAAUCUCAUUAUCCUCCGGUUCAGAAGCUUGUGACCCCUAAAAGUGUUUCACUGUCAAUGAGUCGUUCCCAAUAUUUUAAACCAUCUCUUACAUCUGCUACUGAAUCGGCCAGGAUUCGACAGAGGAUAGAGAUGAAUCAUAAAGGAGUGAAGGAGAAGAAUCUAGCAGAACAACAGCAAAUAGAGCUAUCAGAAAGUAGUGUCACAAAACCCAAGUUCGGUACUUCUGCAUCCAAUGGACUGCCUUCUACAGCUGGAAGUGGUGGCGGUGGUGGCAAGAUGAAGAGGGAAAGGGGUGUCCAUUAUGUAUCAAAAUCUGCACAAGUAGAGGAGGAGAUGGAGAUACCAGAACUUCCAGAAAUAUCUUUACCCAUCAGUACAUCCGCUUUGCCCAACUUCAGCUUUGGCCCUCUUGCUAGUACAACUGUUUCAUCUUCAUCAAUCAGUAAUGCACAAUCAGCAGCUAACAAGGUGCAACCAUCCAGCAAUGCUAGCAGUCCUGUGUUCAGAUUUUCAUCUCCAAUUGUAAAAUCCACUGAAGCAGAAGUGCUAUCACCAGUGUCUAUUGGAGGCUUUAAAUUUAGUGUUCCUGUUCCAAAAUCAUCUGAGCCUUCAGGAUUACCUCUGAUUAACACAGCCACAGCUGUCAAUAGCAUUAGCAAUAAGAGAGAAAAUGAGUAUGAUGGUCCUUUUAAGCCUGCAAAAGUCCUGAAAGAAGGAAGUGUGCUGGAUAUUUUAAAGACUCCUGGCUUUUCUUCUCCAACCACAUACUCGACAACAGCACCUGCUACAACAAGCACAGUUGUCUAUACAAGACCUGCAAUAAGUAGCUUCUCUGGAACAUCUUCAGGACUUGCAGAUACAUCAAAACAAGUAUCAACAUAUUGGCAGUGUGAUGCAUGUCUUAUUCAGAACAAGCUGGCAGAUAACAACUGCAUAGCCUGUCAAGCUGCUAAAGUGGCAACAGUAGAUGGUACUAAACCAAUUGGUACUUUGACUCAGAACGUUACCAUCAAAUCAGCUGUUUCUGUGACAGGGACGCAGGGCUUUGGAGACAAGUUCAAAGCAGCAGUUGGAACUUGGGACUGUGAUACUUGUUUGGUCCAGAACAAACCAGAGGCUACAAAAUGUGUGGCCUGUGAAACACCAAAACCUGGAACAGGAGUGAAACCAGCUCUGGUGUUGCCUGUAGUCACAGAGAAUGCCACAGCAGUGUCGUCGUCUUCUGGCUGUACUGAUGUCACAGUCACCUUGGGAUUUGGGGACAAAUUCAAGAAGCCAAAAGGUGCUUGGGAAUGUUCUGUGUGCUUAGUGUCAAAUACAGCAGAGGACAGCAAAUGUGUGGCCUGUCAGUCAAGCAAACCAGGAGAUUCAGUGCCUGUGGUGAGUAGCAGUGCUUCCUCUUCAUCUCUUUCUGGAGGAUUUCUUGGCUUAGACAAAUUCAAGAAACCAGAGGGAAGCUGGGAUUGUGAAACCUGCUUAGUACAAAACAAAGCGGAUGCCACUAAGUGUAUAGCUUGUGAGAAUGCAAAACCCGGCAGCAAGACUGAACUCAAAGGAUUUGGUACUUCCUCAGCCUCAUCUGCUCCUUCAUUUAAAUUUGGUAUUCAAUCAUCCUCAGAAUCGCCUCAGACAUUGGGAAGUGCAGGGAAAAACUUCAAGUUUGGAGAGCAAGCAGGAUUUAAAUUUGGUAUUACAUCAGAAUCGGGUUCCUCAACAAACACUCUGGCAGGAGGAUUUAAGUUCUCUCAAACUGAAGGCUCCAAACUGGGAAGCCUUCCUUCAGAUUCUAAACCUGAGGACAGUGUGAAAGAGAGCAAGAGUAAGAGCAGUUUCAGCUUUGGACUUCCCUCUGGAGGUACCAGUACAUCGACUACAUCAUUUCAAUUUGGAAUAGCUACCCUUGGACAGCAAGAGAAGAAAGAGGGACUUAACACGCCUGCCAUAGGGGGUUUUACUUUUGGCACAGGUUCGGCAGCUUCAACAACUGCAUCAGAGAAUAAAACUGGAAUUAGUGGCUUCAAGUUUGGAAAUGCAGAAGAAAAGGAAGUUGCAGUGACUCCCUUUUCCUUUAAGAAACCAGAGGGGAACAAAGAUGAAAUUCCUUCAGCAAAAGGUGGCUUCACUUUUGGUAAUGUGGAAUCUGCAACUGCCCCACAACUUGUUUUGGGAAGGACAGAUGAAAAACAGGAGUCUGUUGCCCCUUCUAAUCCAUUAGGAUUUGGGAAAAAAGCAGAAAGUGAAGAGUCAAAAGAACAACCCAUCUUUUCAUUUGGGAAGGCAGAGCAAACCAAAGAUGACAGCACUGUAAAACCGGCAUUUAGUUUCAACCUGACAAAACCAUCAGAGAAAGAAACUGAACAACAAUGCAAACCAGCGUUUACGUUUGGGGCACAAACCAGCACAGCAGAUCCAGGAUCAGCAAAGCCUGCAUUCAGUUUCCUGAGUUCGAGUUCUUCUAAUGCUGCCGUGCCUAAUGUUUGCACUGGCAGUGGCAACAGCAGCAUAUUCCGCCUCACCACCUCUGCCUCAAAUCCUCCUUCGGUAGCACCAACCUUCUUGUUUGGACAGGCCAGCAACACUGUGAGCAGCUCUGCUUUUGGAAACUCCUCUGACUCUAGUACACCCCAGUCCUUUGGGUUCUCUCAAGAGAGCAAGCCACCGACAACCACCUCUAGUACAAGCACCCCUGUUCCAUUUCUUUUUGGCCCAGCAGCCACCACUAACAGUGCAGCCAACACUGGCUUCAGUUUUGCAGCUGCAGCAGCAGCUUCUACUACUACAGCAACUUCAGCAGGUGGUUCCUCUUCAUUUGUGUUUGGCUCUGGGUCUUCAACAUCUGCAGUUGGUCCAGCGUUUGGUGCCAGCCAGACACCAACAUUUGGCCAAAGUCAAGGCUCCAGCCAGCCCCCUGCUCCAACCUUUGGAUCACUCUCAUCAUCUUCACUAUUUUCUGCCGGUGCUCAGCCUGGGCCUCCAGCUUUUGGGUCUGUGUCAAGCAGUACUCAGCCUCCGGUCUUUGGACAACAAGCUACUCAACAACCUGGUUUUGGCUCUGGUACAGCUCCUAAUUCUGGUCCUGUGUUCCAGUUUGGAGGUAGUACUGCUAAUUUCAACUUUGCAAGCAACAAUCCAGGAGUAUUUACCUUUGGUGCAAAUCCUGGUGCACCAGCGCAGCCUACAGGCUCUUCAGGAUUUGCAUUCCCCCAGCCUUCAUCAUUUAACAUGGGCAGGAAUAAUGGGAAAAAUGUUUUCUCCGCAUCUGGAUCUGGUCGGAAGAUAAAGACUGCUGUUAGACGUAGAAAAUAAAUAUUAAUGAUUGUUAACAGACAGCCACUCUCUUACUACGGCUGGUUGCCCUGCAUUGUUCAAUUACUGAAUUGUACCUCAUGCUGGGUUUAGCUGAAGCCAGGUCUGCCUAAACUCUGCUCGCUUUCCCCUCUUCCUCUUUAGGUUUUUUUUUAAAAAAAAAAUAAUAAUUAGAAUUGGUGGCAGGGAGGCUCUAGGGCAAAACUACUAUAGAAUCCAGCAGUUUUUCUUCACUGACUUGGCAUGGUCUGGCUAUAGAUAUACAUAUAGCCUGCACAGCGAAUGGCUUCGUAUAAUACCUCUGUUUGCACCACUUUGUGCGCUCAUCUGCGUUUACUGACACCUCGAAAUUGUAAUUAUAUCAGUAAGGGGAGUCUGUAUAGAGUAGAGAAUGUGUAUAAUGAAUGAUUUCUAUGCGGAGUUUGUGCUGGUGUACGUGUGAAGUGAGCGAGCUGCGUGUAUUGUGCACUAAAAUUUUCUGAUAGAGGAAGAAUGAUUAAAAGACGGUCCAUGCUGAGGACUAGUUAGAUUAGUAGUACUUCAUUUAAUAAUUAGAUGCUCUUUCUAUUUUCAUUCUUACAGCUCCUUAUCACCUGUCUCGCCUUUUCAUUAUUUUAUUAUAAGAACGAACAUGUAAAUACAAUUCCGUUUCUCUAUGUACUACUUUGGCAUAACAAAUCUGUGAACUUGAAAUUUUAAUUUUGUGUGUUAUGGCAAAUUUUUGUUUAGUAUUGUCUCAGAUUUUAUUAUGUAAAUCUCAUUAUUCAAAGUUGCCUAAAUCCAUUAAAGACCUUUAAAAUUGGGAAUUCUUAAAGUGAGUUUAUUGGCUUUUCUGAUCCAUUUUUGUUUGGACCAAAAACCAGUAUUGUACAAAGUGUUAAGUAUAUAUUUUUAUAUUUACGGAAAUGGACUCUGGUGACUUUGGAUAAUAAGGAAAAGUUUAAUAUUAAAGCCAUGUUUAUUACAGUAUAAUUAACAUGUUAAACCAUGGGAUAAAUGCCAUCAAUAAAAAUUAUGAAAUA